UGGUGUGUGUUUCGACUGACGAUCGGCUUGUCAAGAGGUUGCGAGGUCGAGAGUCUUUGGUACACGGGGUGCUGGUGGCGGACGCUGUCGUCAUAUCGCGCGUGCUCAACUUCGUCAACAAGCUAUCGGACAUCAGCGAUCACAAAGGAAUCCAUACCGAUAUACCGACCCUUGUGCUUGAUCAAUCGGACUUCCAGCUCGUUGCAUACAACCGGUCUACAUUCCACUAGUAAAGAUACACGAUAAUAGAAUCAAGAUAUCCUCUUCAUUAUCAGCUCGGAGUCAUGCCGCUUCUGCAAUUUACCCCUCUCCAAUCCCGCCCAUCAGCCUCCUUCUGGUCCUCAUUGACCUCGCUCAAGCUGGACACCUUGAAGCUGGAUGAUACCGAACGAGAUAUCCUAGGGUUCCUGGAUGAAGGGAUGUUGGUGAAGGACAGAGGGGCUGGGACCAGCAAGAAGAAAGAGGACGAGCAAGAAGGACAGGAAGAGGGGGUUUGGGUGGCUGGAAGUUUGGGGGUUGAUGAGAGGAGCUUGGGAAGUGGGAGCGGCUCGGCAUCGAACGAUGUGGCGAUGAAGGGAACAUUCCGGAAUUUCAAUACCAUCGAGGACUUUCGCAAGGUCGAUCACAAGAAACAGUUGUUUGACGAGACUGUCGACCGGCUCCUGGCCUCAUUCGAGAACGGACCAGCGACGUUCAACCCGUUUCUCUUGGUUACCUAUGCGGACCUCAAGAAAUACGUGUACAACUACUGGUUCGCAUUCCCGGCUCUGGUGGAGAAGCCCGGAUGGGAAGUCGAUGAUCGGGGAAUGCAACCUUGGAACGGGGACGCGGCGGAACUUAGACGACUCAAGCGGGAGGUCCAGAUCGAGGGGGAGGCUUUCCUUCACAAAGUGGUCAACGGUAACAGCGUUGUGGGUCCGGUCAAGGAGUGGAAGACGUUCUUCCAGGAUGUGCUAGAGGAAGACAGAACGCUGGUAAUUCACGAUCCAACAUCGAUGCCCUCCUUGCCGGGCUGGCCUCUCCGAAACAUCCUCUACUACCUCGCUCAUUACCAAAGUGUUCAGAGGCUACGGGUCAUCUGUCUACGAGGCGGCUCGGGCGGUUCGACCGUCCUCGACAAGGUCUACCUCUCGUCCCCGCCUGCAAGCAGCUCGACAAGCGCCCGUCCAUCAGCGGUAGGCUGGGAGAAGAAUGUCAAAGGAGCGCUGGCCAGCCGAACGGUCGAUCUGGGAUCUACGAUGGAUCCCACCCGUCUAGCAGAUCAGGCCGUAGACCUGAACCUGAAGUUGAUGAAAUGGAGAGUUAUGCCCGACCUUGCACUGGACGAAAUCGCGGCGACCAAGUGCCUUCUUCUCGGAGCAGGGACUCUGGGAUGCUACGUGGCCCGUACCUUGAUGGGUUGGGGAGUCCGACACAUCACCUUUGUCGACUCGGCUAAAGUAUCCUUUUCGAAUCCUGUCCGUCAACCUCUUUUCGAAUUCGAAGAUUGCCUAGGAGGAGGGAAACCCAAAGCGCAAUGCGCGGCCGAUAGCCUGAAACGGAUUUUCCCAGGUGUAAAUUCGCGUGGCGUCGAUCUAAUGAUUCCGAUGCCAGGUCAUCCAGUCGCUCCCGCAUCUGAGGCAUCUGUAAGACGAUCCGUGGAGACUCUCGAAAAUCUGAUGGAUGAGCACGAUGUCGUCUACCUGUUGAUGGACUCGCGGGAGAGCCGGUGGUUGCCGACGGUCCUGGGAAACGUCAAGGGGAAGAUCGUCAUCAACGCGGCUUUGGGUUUUGACUCGUAUCUCGUCAUGAGGCAUGGACCAUCGCCUGGGACAAGCAAGCCGGAACAAAAGCGAUUGGGAUGUUACUACUGCAACGACAUCGUGGCCCCCAUGGAUUCUUUGACGGAUCGAACGCUAGACCAGAUGUGCACGGUCAGCCGACCUGGAGUUGCUCCGAUUGCAUCUGCAACCGCAGUCGAGCUCAUGGUCUCUCUGAUACAACAUUCUCAAGGUAUCCACGCACCGGCGGAUCUCGCGGCCGGUUCUGCUACAACUGCAGAAUCCUCUGGAGCAGAUGGAUCGCCUCUCGGUCUGGUACCUCACCAGUUGCGAGGAUUCCUGGCUCAGUUCCGAACCAUGUUGAUUGAGGGACCAGCUUACGACCGAUGCACCGGUUGCAGCGCUACGGUUGUGGAUGCGUACAAGCAGGACGGUUUCGCCAUGUUGCUUCGAGCUUUCAACGAAGACAAGUUUUUGGAACAGUUGACUGGUCUCGACAAGUUGUAUGAAGAGGGAGAGGCGGCCCUGGAACAGGUCGACUGGGACGAUAGCGAUGCCGAGAGUGGAGCAAGCAUCUAGUCUGAGAUCCCUAUGUGAAAGUGUUUGCGAGCAAGUUGUAUCUUUGUAGAGCCGUAUCACCAACAUACCCCUUGACCUGAUCCCACCACAAUGACCGAAGUCACU